AGUUCUCACUUCUCAUAUCUCAAUGGCCUAAGUUCAUCAAUUGAAUCGAAGCGGUGGUGCCCAAUUAGAGCUUUAGAACUCGCAGAAUCAGAAAAUGGGUUGGUCGUACCCUGAAAUAGCAAUCGAAGAUUUAAUGACGUUGAUCAAAAACUACAUUGAUAUGUUGAUUCUGGCGUCAGGGUAUCAAUCAACUGGCCGUCUCGCGAUUUGGGACUCCAACAACAUCAACAGAUCAUUGCAAUGGGCUCUCUUUCUAGAGAAUGUGAUGAAGGCUCUACUCAGUUCAGCUGAUUAUGAAGAAUCUGUUGAAGAGCUUGAUGCUCUUUUACAUGAGUUAACACUGGAUCCUAAUUUUCCUCAGGGUCUCGCUCAUUUGUCAUGUGUAACGCUUGUUAGAGCGAAGGAUCUUAUGUUAGAGCAUCUGAUUCAUACCUUUCCCCUGAGGGAGUCUCAUUUAAAAGCUAUAACUACAGCAUCUGUUGAGAUGGACAUUAGCAAUCUUAAGAGGAGAGAAAGCAAUGGCCUUGAUAUUUAUCUUGAAAAAUUAAUGCUGCUUCCCUCAAAUGGACCCAACUUAAAUGAGAGCAGAAAUUUUGAAGAACAUGACGAUUGGGGGGAUGGUGAUUUUAGUGUGACCACUAUCCAGAAACUUGGGAUAAGGCAAUCUGCAGUAUCAUGCUCAACUGUAGCGGAGGCUGGGUUGGAAAAUAUCUGGAAAACUCUAAGAAAAAAAAUGCAUGAUGAGCUUGGGAGUACGUCAAACUCAGAGCCGCUGAAGCAGUCCACAAUAGGCGAGGAGCUGCCACUUGAAUCAGAUUACUGGAAUCGCUGGAGAGCAAGAAGCCUGUCAUAUAUGCUUGAUAAGCGGACCAUAAGGAUGAUUUCUGGUGCCAGUCUGAUUUUUUCUGCACCAGAAGGCCAAUGGACACAAGUGUUAGAACGAUUAAAUCUCCCAGCUCAGAAUGAUGGUAUCAGUGAAAUGAUAGAGCUCUUGUUGCUAGGAUGUGUAGUGAAUAAAUGGAGCGCUCUACUUGAGCAUCUGAUGUCUGUUUCAUAUGAGUUCCCUGCCAUAUCAAAGCUCUAUCACGAAGUGAUCAGCUUACCACCAGGAAAGUCUCAGAACUUUUGUCAGAAUGAGGGCCUGAUGAAUUCUAAGGAAAAAAGUGUUGUGGACUGCUUAGAAGUUUUAUUAAGCAGUAAAGUGAACCAAUUGUGGCAACUACCCCCAGUCCUUGCAGCAACUGCAAUUCCUUCAUGGUCAAAGCUGUUCAGAUCUUAUCUCCAUGAGCUAGAAGGUCAGCUGAUAGGAAAUUCUUUGGCAACCAGUUGUCUAGCCGGCACACUGGAGCAUAGAGAAUGUCUGAUUAAUUCUAUCUUCAUAAAUAUCCGUGCACUCUAUUUAUUUAUUAUUUAAAUAUUUAAGUAAACAGGAAGCUCUAUCUGGCCACUUUGCUGCUCCUAUUUACUAUACUGAAAAUUCUGUAUGCUUUUUGUGCUUAAAAACUUAGUUCACAUUGUGCUACUCUUUCUAUCUGAUGCUUUUCACCUUUCAAACUGAAUUAUCAAAUGCUAUUGUGAACAGUAUGAAUGAUUAUCAGAGAAAACAAAUUUCAUCAAAAGUUGAAAACAUAUAAUAUCAAGAACAUCCAAGAAGUAGGUAGCAAGUUUCCCAGAAUAUUAAUACUAAUUAGACUUGUGUAUUUUAUAAACACUAAUAGGUAGGCCCUGACUCACGUCUGAAAUCGAACCUAGUGAGAGCACACUUGAAAUAUAAUUAAGUUGCCUUGCAUGUCACUUGAUUUACAGAUGAAAUAAAGUUCUGUCUCUAGCCUGGCCUAGAUUUCUGAGAUGAAAUUGCAUUUUUGUACAUUUUAGGUGGCUGGAUGAAUAUGACAUUGAAUAGCUUCAUUUCAUCUUGCUUUGCAUAUUGAAAAUGUUGAUAUGCAUAGUAAACAUAUAUUCCAUAAUUCUUUGUACUGUAUUUGUUAAGAAAUGUGUGCUGGAGUCUCAAAAUCUGAUAGUUAUUGUUGAUAAUA